GUCAGAUUGUAUUUAGAAAAACUCUCGCCAGACUUGCUUCUUGCUGCCUCCGAUCGGAAUUAAAAACCGAAAUAUCACUAGCUAUAUACCGAGGGAUAGCAAAAAAAGUGGAUUCUCCGCCAUUACAACUGCACUCAGCGUGGAACAUCCUGGAAGUGCCGUAAUCCGGAAGAUAAGUGUUUCGUUGCAAACCUGUGCAAACAAAAGCGCAGAACGAAGACCCCGAGCUUCUCUCCCUAGCAAAGGAUCCCUCCUCCUCCAUUGGAUAGAAGGGCAGAAGAUAUAUAGAUAUACGUGUGUGUAUGGUGAUUUUUGUUUCGUGCAAGUGCUACGACUCAGCGGGGAAAAGCAGCUGAGGUUGGUGCUUUUCUGGAUCCAGUGAAAACGGUACCUAUUUAAGAGUUUCUUCGUUAGGGAUUGUUUCGGAAAAGUAGGAAUCUCCUAGGGUGGGACCAGAUCGCCGAUCCUCGCCGUCCCAGAUCCAUUGAAGUUUAAAAAUACUGGUGUGAUUUGAGCAAUGCUCCUAUAAGAAAAAAUCACCCCCGUCUACAGCAAUGAGAACCAAAAAGACCACUAAACCGGCCCCGAAUCUUGCCGCUUCGUCAAACGGAGACAGCAAGCCCGAAAGGACCACAAAACUUCUCACCACCAAUGGCAAAGCCGGGGAGAAUGAAGAAGAUCCCGCUGAUAGUGUCAUAUUGAUCGACAAUGAUUCACUUGUCAGUAUCGCUGAAAAUGGUAAUGUGGAGAAAGCAGACGGCAGCGAGUCCGAAAAGGACGAUGAAGCCACCAGUUCACACAAGGCGAAUGACAAGGCUGGAUCUGCUGAUGACAAAACUGACAGCGGUACAAAGGAGCCCACGAAAAUUAUCCGGCUUGUUUCGAUUGAAAAACUGAUGAGGCCAAACCUCCUGCCAACCACAGAGGAAGAAACUUCAAAGAAAAAAUCAUCUCAUAAGAAAACAACGAUUGAAAAGCUCAGUAACAAGCGCGCGAAGGAUACAAGUGUGAUUGAAAUCAGCGACACCGAUAACGAAGACGAUAAUAAACCAUUGUUCAAGAAAAUCAAAACAGAUGGUGACGUCGUUCAGAAUCUGUUCAUUGAUGACAGUGAUGAUGAAAUCAUAUCGAUCAAGAAGAAAGUUUUUCCAAAAGCCACAAAGGCUAGUAAGAAGCUGAUCGAUGAUGAUGAGGAUGAAGAGGAAGAUUAUCAACCAGUUGUCAAAGGACAACUCAUACCUAAAGCUGCCAAGAGCAAGCCGAAGCAACACGCAAAGGUCCCAGAAGGCUGCAAGAGCUUUUCAUUGAGGGUUGAGAAAUUACCUUCGGACCUGAAGUCGUUCAUGAAAGAGCACAAGUUGAGCGGUAUUCUCGAUAGGAAAAAUCGUGAAAUUACUACAUUCAAGCCGAACACAAACCACUACGGCGAUUUUAUCCGUAAGCGGAAUGCAAGCGGGGCAGGAUCAAGCAAGUCGAAGGCGCAAGAUGGCAAGAAGAGCAUGAGUAGCAAGAGUCUAGUUAUUCUGUCGAGUGAAAGCGAAGAAGCCAAUUCCGAUGAACCGAUCGCGAACAUGGUUUCUAAAUCAGACAACAUUCCCAAAAAUAAGACUAUGUCCAAGAGGUCAACCCGUUCGAAGCGUCAGCUUAAUGGAAGCGACGACGAUGGUGACAGUGAUGGCGAUUUCGAAAUUAAAACUGGGAAGAGCAAAGCCACGGUUCACGAACGGAGUAGGAGGCAGCGUGAAAUGCGACAAGCCAGAAGGAGAAAGGAUUCAUCCGAAGAGGAGGAGGAGGAUGAAGAGGAAAAUGACAAGGCCGGUGGAAGUGAGUCGGACGAUUUCGAGGAAGAUAAACCGCAGCCGAAGAAGAAACGGUCGCGUAUCAAGAAGGUCUCGUCUUCUUCGUCCGACGAUGACGACGGAAAUAAGAAAAGACGCAAACGCAUCAAGAAAAGCUCCGAAAGCGAUGGCGAAGAUGAUUCGCCCAGCAAAGGUCGCAAGAAUAUUCGCAAGUUGCUGAAGAAGUCUGCCCUCGAACAAACGACAAAAGAGGCUGAACAGGAGGAGAAGGAUCGCAAGCAGCGUAUCGCCGACCGGCAGAAGCUCUACAACCAAGUAUACGACGAGAAGCCCGAAGAGGUGAAGGAGAUCAACCAGCUGGUGCUGGACUUUGACGAGGAAACCAAGGAACCGCUCCUGGAAGUGGAUAGGAACUUGGUGAAGAAGUUGAAGCCCCAUCAAGCGAACGGAAUCAAAUUCAUGUUCGAUGCGUGUUUUGAGAGCUUGGAAAUGGCACGCAAUAGCAAAGGUUCCGGCUGUAUUCUGGCCCACUGUAUGGGUCUAGGUAAAACGCUCCAAGUCGUAGCGUUGGCGCACACCCUGCUCGUCAAUUCGGAAGUGACCGGAGUCGAACGGAUACUGGUAGUUUGCCCAUUGUCCACGGUUCUCAACUGGGUCAACGAGUUCCGAAUCUGGAUGAGACACGUCAAGAAGGGCACGGACGUGGAAAUUUACGAAAUCUCAAAAUACAAAAACAACGUCAUACGUGCCAAUCAGCUGAUGGAGUGGCACAACGAGGGCGGUGUCAUGAUCCUGGGAUACGACAUGUUCCGGAACCUGUCGAAUCAAACCACUGGCCGUAUUCGGAAGAAGGUACGGGAAUCGCUGCGAACGUCAUUGGUCGAUCCAGGACCGGAUAUGAUCAUUUGCGAUGAGGGUCAUCUGCUGAAGAAUGAGAAGACAUCUCUGUCCAAAGCGGUCAACCAAAUUAAAACCUUGCGGCGGAUUGUACUGACCGGUACUCCCAUUCAGAACAAUAUGAAAGAAUAUUACUGUAUGGUGCAUUUCGUGAAGCCAAAACUUCUCGGAACGUACAACGAGUACAUGAACCGGUUUGUGAACCCAAUCACCAACGGUCAGUACACAGAUUCCACGCCGUACGAUAUUCAGUUGAUGCGGAGACGAGCUCACGUGUUGCACAAACUGCUGGAUGGAUGCGUGCAACGGAGGGACUACGCGGUGCUGGCUCCGUUCUUGCCCCCGAAGCUCGAGUUUGUCGUGUCGAUUAAACUGACUCCGCUGCAGUGUACUCUGUACAAAUACUACAUGGAGACGCAAGCCCGAAAACAACAAGGAAACGAUGAAAGCAAACGGUCGUCGGUGCUGUUCUCUGAUUUCCAGAACUUGCAGCGUAUCUGGACCCAUCCACGCGUGCUACGGUACAAUAGCGACCGCUACGAGUACAUGCAGCAGAAGAAGCGUGACAUGAUGUCGGACGAGGACUCAGUUGGUUCGAUUAAGGACUUCCUCGACGACGACGACAGCGAACAGGAAGACACGUCCGAAUCGGAAUCCGAAUCCGGCGGUGGCAGCGACGACAGUCAUAAAAAGAAAAAUAAGAAGGAAGAGCAGACGUUGGCGUCGGUUGCAGCAGCUGCUCGGCGCACCCGGAACAAUCCCAAUGUGGAGGAAGAGGAUCUUCCGGUAAUUGUGGAGCAGAAGAAUGAGAACCCCACCGAAUGGUGGAUGUCGAUGGUUCCCGAGGAGGAGUUAGAUAAUUUGGAACAUUCGGGCAAGCUGCAGGUGCUAUUUGAAAUUCUGAAAGAAUGCGAAGCUAUCGGUGAUAAAUUGCUUGUCUUCUCGCAAUCUCUCUACGCACUCGACGUUAUCGAACACUUUCUGGCACUCGUGGACGAGAAUACGCAAAAGGACGAAGACGAAAGGGAUACCGAGCUGGACAAAUAUCAGGGCUCGUGGACGCAGGGAUUGGACUACUUCCGUUUGGAUGGAUCCACCGCCAUCGAGAACCGGAACUCCGCCUGUAAGAUCUUUAACGACGAGAGUAACCAUCGGGCUAGGCUAUUCCUCAUCUCCACGAGAGCCGGUGGGCUCGGUAUCAAUCUCGUGGCCGCCAAUCGGGUCGUGAUCUUUGACGUUUCGUGGAAUCCAUCACAUGACAUACAGAGCAUAUUCCGAGUGUAUCGGUUUGGACAGAACAAACCCUGCUACGUCUACCGGUUUCUUGCCAUGGGCACAAUGGAGGAGAAGAUCUACGAACGGCAAGUUACAAAACAGGCCAUAUCAAAACGUGUCAUUGACGAACAGCAGAUCGACCGGCACUACAAGGAAAACGACCUACAAGAACUGUACCGUUACGACAACAUCGAACCGGAGGAGGCACGUCCAACGCCGAAUCUGCCGAAGGACCGCUUGUUUGCCGAACUGCUGAAAAAGUUCGACGUUCUACUAUACAAGUAUCACGAGCACGAUUCGCUUCUGGAGAACAAGGAAGAGGAAACGCUGAACGAGGAGGAGCGUAAAGCAGCUUGGGAUGAGUUCGAGCAGGAGAAGAAUCGUCCUCCGGUCACCAACUAUGGCAUGGGUAACGCAGCUUACGGCAUGGGCAUGAACAUGGGAAUGGGACGAGCAAUGAACGGCCCAGUCACAUCCAGCAGUAUUUUCGGCUUUAGAAACGACGUUCUGCUGAAGCUUCUGAACAUGAAAGCCCGUCACGAUAAUCCCAGCUUCAAUGAGGCCAACAUUGCCUCCAUGAUUCCAUUCCUAAUGCAAGAACUUUGCCGGCAGAUGAAAGAUGGUGAUCUAUCGAUGUACAAAAGCCUGCUCGAAUUGUACUACCAACUUGAGGCACCGAAUCCCUACACCGGCAUGAGCUACAAUCCAAUGAUGAUGCAACAACCCCAGCAGGCACCACCGAUGAUGCAGCAGCAACACCACCAGAUCCCACAACCUGUAAUUAUGCCUAGCAGUGUCGGCGGUGGUGGUAUGAUGGAUGCUAAUGCCGCCAACUACUCUAUGGAGCAGAUUCGCUUUCUUCGGCAGCAGGAACAGCAGCGCUAUUCUCAAAUGAAUGAAGCCAGUAGCAGCGGCCUCAACCGGGGUUCGAUCAUCACCGCAGCACAAAAGCGAUUCAUGACUGAUCCCGAGGAAAUAGUAGAACUAGACUAAGUGGGACUUCCCUCAAAAGAAAAAAAAACAACCCUCGUAAUUUAUUAUACAUCUAUUACAUUACUACAACAUAAAAACCAUAGGAGAGAAAUGUAACCCCGGUCCCGUAAGGAUAUCCCAAAAAUUAAAUCAAAUAAUCAGAUUUCGAUUCAUGUCAACAUGGUCAAAAUUGGAUCUCGAAUUUACAUGGGUCACAGUUUUUACAAAAAACCGACUGCUGAUAUUAGAAUUUUAACAAAUCGGAACACACACACCCAACAUCGUCCCAGCCAACCCAGCGGAAUUUUAAUCCCGUUUUGUACAACGGAUCAUCGGAUUUUCCAGCUCUCCUUCUGACAGAAACCAAUUCCUACUACAUCCUCCCCCUCCCUCCCAGCUAGAAGUAGCGUGAGUAUAGGUACGUAUGGAAAGAAAUUCGUAAAUUAUCCACCAUUUAAGUGUACGUGGCAACAGUGACUCCAUUAUACACCGUCACAACACAGUAGUAGAAUGACGAGAGAAUGUGCAAAUAAAUGAUGAUCAUUUCGACGGAUUAGAA